AUGCCGGGCUGUGAUUGGCUGCAGGAUUUUGCCUUCGGUUUCCGGGGACGUACUUUCUGCAAGGAAUCCGAGUCGGUGUCGAAUCUCCGGGAUGGGCACAAAAUCAACCGUGCGCUCGACCAGAACGUCGCUUCCGAGCAGCUCGUCCGCUACUUCAAAGAACAUCCGCGAGAAUCCAUUGGCGCCGCCACCUUGGACCGAGUACUGGAGCGCCUGUCCCCGAAGCUAUACCGCGAGUUUUUUGAGCGGCUUCUUGAGUCAGGCCACGUUUUCUCGGCCGGGUCCCAGGCCAAACGGCUGCUGACCCGUCUAUGUUCAGGAACCGUUGCCGAGCGAGCGACGUUCCUGCUGAAAACCCGCGAAUACCCGCAGAACCCGUUUCUGAGCCAGUACUCGGACGAUAUGCGCGUGACCACCAUCAAGCGGCUCAACGAAAAGGCCUACACGCACGAAGCUCUGCUCUUUCUUCGACUCUACAAGUCCACCCUUACACCAGAGAGUGAGCGAUGGCCGCAGUACUACCGGCUGUGGAACGACCUGCUGUUGCGGCACGGGCGCCAUCCCGUGCUGAGCGCGUCGACCGUCCACUCGAGCAUCGACCUUAUUUUGAGGCACUAUUUCGUCGUCGAACGGGACCUCGAAAAGGGCCUCAAGAUCAUGAACCGCUAUUUCGAAGCUACCGAUACCAAGCUUCCGCCACACAGGAUCGACGACAUCAACCUUGCGUUUCUCAAGUGCUUAAGCGCCACUCCCGCCGCUACGCCGCAGGUUCUUGUGAGCUACGUCCUCACAAUGUAUCCUAGGAGCUACCGUGUUCUGGAACAGGUUGGACUGCUGAGCAUGAUCUACGAAAAUCGGUGCGGGCCUAUUUUCAGGCGGCCGGAGCUGCUACUGAAGCCUAAUAUUCGCGAUGAGCUUGUGUGCGGUAACAGAAUGCCGCCCCUCGUCGUGCUGGCCGUAGUGUAUCGCUCGCUGCUAUUUUCGACGCGGCCGUCGAAAUUGCAGACCAAGGUGCUCUUUGCGCACUAUCUGGACUUUAUCGAGACGAACCCGCCCUCCUCGACCGCUGUGCUUGACAUGUUUCUAUCUUACAUGGACAGGGUGCACCACAGGCCAGUGUUUGCGGCGCGGCUCCUGGAGUCGUUUCUCGAAAGAGGCGGCUUUUCCAAAGCCGCAAAAAUCCACUCCACCGCCGUCAACGCUGUUCUGUCGCGGCUCGCCUCGCGCGACGUCGCGCGCGCUGUCGGGCUGGCCAAUCGACUGAGAAACAUCAUCUGCUUCGACGCCCGCGUGUUUUACAGCUUCGUGUGCAACCUGGACAGAAUAGGCGAGACAGACGCGGCCAGAGUGUUCUACAACAAGCUGCUCGAGCACCAGGCGUCGGUCGCGCCCAACCACGCCAUCAUGAACUUCUCCAAGCUCGGCCAUCUGUGCUACAAAAAUAAGUGGCCCGUGCCGCAGCUCAGUCGCGAGAGCACCCCAAAACGGCGGUCGCACGAGAUCGCAAACACGAAAAAGCUCAGCUACACGGAGAUCGUGGACUUUCUCGACGCCAUGCGAACCAGCUCCUGA